UUUAUACACAGGCUUUGUCACAUUUAUAGUAGACAAGAAUUUUUGGCUAUUGCAUUUUAUUUUUUGGCUGACAGGCUGCUCUGGGUCAAACCUUGUAUAUAGAGACUGAAGGUACCUCUAGGCCUUGGGUGGGUGACCUGUAUGAUCCCUGUUGGUAAGGUGCUACAUUCCCUAAAUAAGUACUCAUUUCUGAGUUUUCGGUUCUGUAUUUGACUUUGCUAGAAUGACCUGGAUGACCCUGAAAGAGGAAUGAUUUUUGUUUGCUCUGCCACCCAUAAGACCAAGUCGAUGUUCUUCUUUUUGGCCCAAACUGAGCAGGGCGAUAUCUUCAAGAUCACUUUGGAGACAGAUGAAGAUAUGGUUACUGAGAUUCGGCUCAAGUAUUUUGAUACUGUGCCUGUUGCUGCUGCCAUGUGUGUGCUUAAAACAGGCUUCCUUUUUGUAGCAUCAGAAUUUGGAAACCAUUACUUAUAUCAAAUUGCACAUCUUGGAGAUGAUGAUGAAGAACCUGAAUUUUCAUCUGCCAUGCCUCUGGAAGAAGGAGACACGUUCUUCUUCCAACCAAGACCACUCAAAAACCUUGUGCUGGUUGAUGAAUUGGACAGUCUGUCUCCCAUUUUGUUUUGCCAGGUGUGGGUCUUUCCAGUCACUUCCACAAUGAGCAGUGCCAGCCAAAUGUUUUUGAAUCUGAACGAGUUUCAAGUUUUAAGUGCAGUUAAAUUAAGAUAUAAUCUAAGAAUGAGAUUCAUCAGCAUAUCUGUGGAAAUCACCAGAGUGUAAAGGUGGAAAGUGGGG